AUGAAAUACUCCAUAAUCCUGCCAUUCCUUGCUACGACCGUGCUCACAGCACCAGUUCUUGAGCAGCGUCAGGAUAAUGUCUGUACCGUCCCGACGACCUUCCCAACUACUGCCAACGCGAAGCUACCCAACCCAUUCAAAUUCUUCGAUGGCAGGGACGUGAAAACCAAGGCCGAUUUCGACUGCAAGAACCAGGAAGUGAGUGCUGCCAUGCAGGCACAAGAGUUGGGAGACUUUCCCAAGAAGCCUUCAUCUGUGACUGCCACCUUCUCUGGGUCUUCACUUUCCAUCACGUCAACCGAGGGAGGCAAAUCGGUCUCUUUCUCUGUGUCCAUCAAGAAGCCAAGUGGUGCGGGGCCCUUCCCAGCCAUUAUUGCCUACGGCGCUGCCAGUAUUCCCGUCCCUGCAAACGUGGCGACAAUCACGUUCAACAACGAUGAAAUCGGUCAACAACAAGGUGGUAACAGCCGUGGAAAAGGGAAAUUCUUCGACCUCUACGGCUCCAGCCACAGCGCUGGUGCACUUACAGCCUGGGCUUGGGGUGUUGACCGCAUCAUCGAUGCUCUUGAGAUUACUCCUGCCGCGGGUAUCGAUCCGAAGUUUGUGGGCGUGACUGGAUGCUCCCGUAACGGAAAGGGUGCGUUUGUGGCUGCUGCUCUUGUCAAGCGUAUUGCCCUCGGUCUUCCUCAAGAAUCUGGCGCCGGUGGAGCAGCAUGCUGGCGUAUUUCCGACUCGGAAAAAGCCAAGGGCAAGAACAUCCAGACAUCAAGCCAGAUCGUCGGGGAGAAUGUUUGGUUCUCCACUCGGUUCAACGCCUUCAGCACGAAGGCGAGCACCACAUCGACCGACCACCAUCAGCUCGCUGGAAUGGUGGCUCCUCGCGGCCUGCUCGUCAUUGAGAACGAGAUUGACUGGCUCGGUCCAGUUUCUACUACAGCUUGCAUGAAGGCUGGCCGUCUCAUCUACAAGGCGCUUGGUGUCCCCGACAACAUGGGCCUCACUGGGUCAGGCAACCACAACCAUUGCUCGUUCCCAUCGAACCAGCAGACUGAACUCACUGCAUUCAUCAACAAGUUCUUGUUGGGACAGUCAUCCAACACUGCGAACAUCGAGAAGGGCCCCAGUGGCGCUGACGCUGCGACCUACAUUGACUGGACUGCGCCCACGCUCUCUUAG